GCCUGAGCUCUAUACUAUACUUUCCUUUGUUUCUUCAACUCACAAUCUAGGGUUUCUCAUGUUGUUCCCAAAACCCCCUCUCCCUUCUUGAUCUUCUUGAUCACGCAACAUGAUCUACGGAUCAGUUCCCGUCAAUUAUCUUCGGAAACAACCGGAUUUCAUCGUCAACAAUAAUGCCGAUGGCUUUUUCUCUAACUUUAUCGGUAAUUGUACGGACACGAACGAGAAGGAUACGUGGAUUGGUCUUUCAAAUUUUUUGAAGGACCCGAACAACCAGUUCUCGAAUUCGAUUGAGAAUCGGAUGGGAUAUGGUGUUGUAAAGUUAAAUCACGAGGGGACAAUGGAUGUAAAUCAUAAUCAAAUGCUAUUCGGUGGAGUUGUUCCCAUUCCGUCUUCAAGGUUCCAAAACUCUGAUUCAUCAAUGAAUAUCGGACACACUGCGUCUAUCAACAUGUCGAAUCCCCAAUGUUUUGGAGGAUCUCCAAUCAAGAAUGCUGCUAGCACAAGCAUGUUUAAUUACGGGAUGCCUGCUGCCCAAGCUUUUGAUGGUAGAAGUAGAACGGUGACACCUGGCAGUGUUUUAUGUAAUACGGGCUUUCCGAUAUCAGCAAAUGGUGUGCAGCCAAAUUUCCAGAACAAUCCAGAGGCUACUCACCUUUUGGGUACCCAAUACAACAACCCACAUACGUCAAGUUGCGGGACAUUCCUGCAACCGCAAGGUUAUACGUCGGUCCCCCAACGUUUUCCGGUGAUGAAUCAAUCAAACGGGUUUCAGAUUCCACAUUGUAAUCCGUGGGAGGGUCAACCGCUUGUUGCUGUAGAAAGUUCGAGUCACAACUGUAUCGGUUUCAAUUGCAAUAUCUGUGGUCCAGGUCCGGUUACUUUCGGCAUGCCGUCUAGAAAAAGAAAAUUUGAUUUCGCGGGCCCCGGGAAUGAUCUUAUCGAAUCUAGAUCGCGAAAUAAUUAUGAAUCUUGGGUUGACAGUGGUACUCUAUUCGAUGUUCUAGCUUCCAGUUAUAUGCCUGUUGACUUGCCACCUUUGGAAGAAUGGCCCAAUAGUAGUGAAGAUGGGCCGGAUUUCAUGGAAAUUGGGCCUGUGUUAACUCAACCGGCCCGUAAUGAAUCCUCCGGUACUCUUAUGGAUGUGUACACUAGCUUUAUUAAAUCUUCUGCUUCUACAAAGGAUGCCAAGCCCGACAGUGAAGAUGCGUUGGGCCCAAACGUUAACGAGGUCCUGCGUGAAGAAAAAGUAAUAUGUAGGCUUAACUCAGCUUUAGAUGAUUACGAGUCCGUUUUGGAGUCUAUGCGAUCUAUUGAACCGUGUGUUUUGGAAUCCGAGAAGACAAGCACACCGAUUACAUCUUUUGAAGAUAACGGGUCAGGGUUGGGAUCCGGGAAUGUUAAGAAACUCAGUGCCUCGUUGACCGAUUCGUUGACUGCUGCUCAAAUCAAAGAACAUUUGUCAAGUUUUAUCCAACCGCAAAAGGACGUAUCAGGAGGCACAGAACCUUCAGAAAGUCAAAACUUAUGCCAGUUAUGCUCGAAGAAUAAGCUUUUGCUGGCCCCCACACCCGUGUAUUGCUCAUCGUGUGACGUGCGGAUCAAGCAAAACGUUAAAUACUAUCGGUCAACCGACGAGAACACCAAAACACAGCACUGCAUUUGUAUCGGAUGCUUUAAAGGAUCUCGUGGGUCAUCUGUUAUAACGCGUGGAGGAGGUUCUGUUUCGAAAACUGUACUUCACAUGGCAAUGAACGAUGAGGAAAUAGAGGACUCGUGGGUACAAUGUGACACAUGUCAACAAUGGCAACAUAGGAUUUGCGGCCUAUACAACAACGAAACAGAUUUAGAAGGGAAAGCCGAAUACGUUUGUCCAAAAUGUUGCUUAAAAGAAACAGAAAACGGAACAAGAAUCUCGUUACUGAAAACUGUCUUGGGAGCAAAAGAAUUACUGCUCACUGAUCUCAGUGAUCACAUCGAGCAACGACUUUUUACCCGAAUGAAGCAAGAGCGAGAAGAAACCGCAAAGGUUCUUGGAAUCGCGUCGGAAGAAGUACCUGUAGCAGAAGGUCUUGUUGUUCGAGUAGUGGUAUCUGUGGACAAAGAGUUGGAAGUGAAGAAGCAAUUUAGAGAUAUAUUUAACGGACAAGAUUAUCCAGAAAAAAUUGAAUACAGAUCGAAAUUAAUUCUAUUGUUCCAGAAAAUAGGAGGUGUUGAUGUAUGCCUCUUCGGAAUGUACGUUCAAGAGUUUGGAUCAGAGUGUAACGGGCCUAACAACCGAUGCGUUUAUAUCUCGUACAUUGAUUCCGUCAAGUACUUUCAGCCCGAAAGAAAAACCGCAAGCGGAGAGCCUCUGCGCACCUUCGUUUAUCAUGAAAUACUGAUUGGAUACCUCGAGCAUUGCAAGAAACGAGGUUUUGCGUCUUGUUAUAUAUGGUCAUGUCCGGUUAUAAAAGGCGAAGAUUAUAUUUUUUAUUGUCAUCCGAAGACUCAGAAGACACCGGAGAAAACGAAGCUACGGCAGUGGUACAAGUUAAUGAUCAGGAAAGCUGUGAAAGACGGAAUUGUGGUUGACCAGACGAAUUUAUACAAUGAAUUUUUCGCUACGUCAAACGUUAACGUAAGCGCAGCGCGUUUGCCGUAUUUUGAUGGUGAUUGUUGGUCGGAUGCUGCCAUAAAUAUUAGCAAGAAACUUGACGAUGAAGAAAGCUCCGGAGGAAAAUUGUGUGUUAAGUCACGUGCUAAGCGAAUCUCGAUGGUCAACGGAGACGAAAGCCUCACAAAGGAUGCUUUAGUGAUGAACAAGCUCGGCGAAAUAAUUAUGCACGACAAGGAAAACUAUAUGAUUGUCCGGUUACAACACACGUGCACAUCUUGCAACCAAGUAAUAUUAUCCGGAAGUAGAUGGUGUUGCAACCAAUGCAACAAGAUUCAGUUAUGUCCAAGAUGUGUUUCCCCAAGUAGAAUGCACAAAUGCGGUUCUUGUAAAGAUAAACCACUCUCUGAGGAUGUGCUGAGCUAUAUACCCGUUGAUACCAAGGAUAAAGAUGACGUUCUUGUGAAUAAAUUGUUCGAGACGCGCGAUGAUUUUUUGAACAAGUGCCAGAAUUCUCUAUACCAAUUCGAUACACUCGGGCAUGCCAAAUAUUCCACU